AUGGACGACCAGUUGCCUUACCGCAUUCGAGCUGAUCGCUACACUUUUGGAGAAGAAAGCGAGAUCGAUCCAUACUCUGAAGUAGUCGUUGCAUGCGUCGAAGGAAACCUCAGUCCAGUUGAUGCUGCUGAGAAAAUCACAACCAUUCUGGCCGACCAGGCCAGCCAAUCCAAAGCAGACAUUGACUUGCAUCAGAAGAAUCAGCCAUAUGUCGUCAAUACAGACCUGGUGGCCGCAAUCAUUGGUAGUGCAUCCUCAUCCUUUGCGCCUUCGAGUCCUGCACAUGAGAGGCUGCUCUUGUUACUCCGGUCUUUCCCCUCUGUCCGUUCGCGUCAGGUCCCGAACCCAAACCUCGAUGGAAACUUGGAGAUCCGCCCAGCAUUGAAAGAUUUCGGUCACUUGAUAGAUACCAGGCCACACAUGAUCCUAUGGGAAAACUUAGACAAGCUCCACCUAGUCGAAAAUCUUGGAGUUUUGGCAGAAAUCGGAGUGGAAAAAUGUACAAGCGAACAACAACAACGAUGGCGAAAUUUAUCCUUCUUCUUUGCCAGAUUGACCACGCAAGGAAUCGUCGAUCUUAGUCACUUCAGCGCUCUGUUCAUGCUCCUUCCUGAGAUGCAGAUUAAGUCGACAACCUCUGGUUGGUCUGGUUUCUUAGCCGGCCAGACUCUUGCUGCUGCUCAAUGGAUUGUUCCCGAGAAUCAUGGAGUUUGGGUGUGGCGUGCUUGUCAAAGGACAGAGAGACUAGCUGCUGAAGAAAGACCGCCGCGGCGAAAGUGGAAUCUUGAGUAUUGGGAGUUGUGGAGAUCACGCUUCCGAGACGUUGUUGAGAGGGAGGAAGAUGAGAGGAUUCAUCCUGUUGUUCGUGAGGAAGCUAAGAAAGCUCUCAAGGUCAUGAUUGCGUUGGAGCGAGGUGAUACGAACAAGGAGCAGUAG